AAAAAGCUGCAAGAUAACGUAAUUUAGGUCUUUAUAAAGAGCAGCAGCAGAGCUGAGGAGGCACCACAGUUUAGGACGCAGCCAUGAAGUUCUUCAUUCUCCUAGCCCUUUGUGCUGCAGCAUAUGCUGCUCCUCUUGAGGAUGACAAGAUCGUUGGGGGUUACGAGUGCAGGAAGAACUCUGUGCCCUACCAGGUGUCUCUGAAUGUGGGAUACCACUUCUGUGGAGGCUCCCUGAUCUCCAGUACCUGGGUGGUGUCUGCUGCUCACUGCUACCAGUCUCGUAUCCAGGUGCGUCUUGGUGAGCACAACAUUGCUGUGAAUGAGGGAACCGAGCAGUUCAUCGACUCCGUCAAGAUCAUCCGCCACCCCAGCUACAGCAGCUGGAACCUGGACAAUGACAUCAUGCUGAUCAAGCUGAGCACGCCCGCCAGCCUGAACAGCUAUGUGAGCACCGUGUCUCUGCCCUCCAGCUGUGCUGCUGCCGGCACCUCCUGCCUGAUCUCCGGAUGGGGAAACACCAGCGCCAGUGGAAGCAACUACCCCGACCGCCUGAUGUGCCUUGAUGCCCCCAUCCUGAGUGACACCAACUGCAGGAACUCCUACCCCGGCGAGAUCACCUCCAACAUGUUCUGUGCCGGUUUCCUCGAGGGAGGAAAGGACUCCUGCCAGGGUGACUCCGGUGGCCCCGUGGUGUGCAACAACCAGUUGCAGGGCAUCGUGUCCUGGGGUUAUGGCUGUGCCCAGAAGAACAGACCGGGAGUCUACACCAAGGUCUGCAAUUACAACACCUGGAUCCGCAACACCAUGUCCUCCAACUAAAGUCACUCUGAAAGAAACCGACUAAAAAUUAAAAGAAUGAAUAAAAUGUUUUGACCUCUUGACCUUCAUGAGGCAAAGGAGAAAAGACCAUUUCUAGAUUCUUUAGUAAUUAAGUUUGCCCCAUUUUGUUUUUUAUUGUCCUCAUUCAAAGGGAUCAUGACCUAAGACCAAUUCUGUAUUUUUUUAAAUCAUAUUUGAAGUACUACUGUAACUCCCCGCUCAAUAAACAUUGCAGGUUAAAAAUCA